CCCAGCGUUACAAAUCCCGAAAUCUAAUAGGGGCAAUUAAAAGGGAGAUAAAUAUACAGAGAAUCCCGGCGGCGCCGGAGGGAGGAUAUCUAAAUUCCGGCGCAGAAAGAGAGAGAGUAUAGAGAGAGAAAAUCUCAACAAUGGAGGUUGAACUCAAAGAGAUGCUCGAUGAUCUCCAAGCUCUCAAACGAUCGUUGCCUGAUCCUUCUCAUCAAGCAUCCAUCGACAAGUUGCAAGUGCAUGUUGAACAUCUUACGAAUCUUGCACAGUAUGCUCCUGCUCGGCGUUCAAAAGUCAAGGAUAUGAGUGCUGAGGUGGUAGAUAGCAAUCCUUACAGUAGGCUUAUGGCACUUCAGAGGAUGGGCAUUGUGGAAAACUAUGAAAGAAUACGAGAAUUCUCGGUUGCCAUAGUUGGAAUAGGUGGUGUAGGCAGUGUUGCAGCUGAGAUGCUAACAAGGUGUGGCAUAGGUCGCCUUCUGUUGUAUGAUUAUGAUAAAGUGGAGUUAGCUAACAUGAAUAGGCUAUUUUUUCGUCCAGAGCAGGUUGGUAUGACGAAAACUGAUGCUGCUGUUCAGACUCUUUCGGAUAUAAAUCCUGAUGUUGUGCUUGAGAGCUACACACUGAACAUCACAACAGUGCAAGGUUUUGAAACUUUUAUGUCAAGCCUGAGAAAAAAAACAUUUUGUCCAAAGAAAGAAGGUAGCGGAGUCGAUCUUGUUUUAAGUUGUGUAGAUAACUAUGAAGCAAGGAUGGUUGUAAACCAGGCUUGCAAUGAGCUGAAUCAGACAUGGAUGGAGUCCGGUGUAUCUGAGGAUGCUGUUUCAGGUCAUAUACAAUUGUUGAUUCCUGGAGAAACUGCUUGUUUUGCAUGUGCGCCUCCUUUGGUUGUAGCAUCUGGAGUUGAUGAACGCACACUCAAGCGUGAAGGGGUCUGUGCUGCAUCUUUACCUACCACCAUGGGAGUUGUUGCUGGGCUUCUAGUUCAAAACACACUUAAAUUCUUGCUAAAGUUUGGACAUGUCUCCCCAUACUUGGGAUAUAAUGCUCUUAAAGACUACUUUCCAACCAUGGAAAUGAGGCCAAACCCUCAAUGUUCAAAUGCUUCCUGUCUGGAACGACAGAAAGAAUACCUUCUAGCAAAGCCGGCUAGGGAUGCUGCAGCUAAAGCAAAGAUGGAGGCUGAAGCCUUAGUAGUAGUAGAAUGCCCAAUUCAUGUUGAUAAUGAAUGGAAUAUAAGUGUUGUUGAUGACAGUGAACUGGAUAGGACAGAUGGCAGGAGCUCAGAUGCCCUUCCAGAAGGUCUUACUCACGAGCUCCCAACUGCAGACGAGUUUGAAAAACAACCCACUCCUGAAACGACCUUUAACUCUGUAGAUGACCUUGAUGAUCUCCGGAGGCAACUUGAUGCUCUAAAUGCUGAUUAACCCCUAUUUUUUAUGGUUUGUUCUAAUACAGCCACUUUCUUUAGCCGAUCAGAGACAGCUGGAGAAUCCAUUAUCCGUAGAACAUGUUCUUCACAGGCAAAUAAAGCAGGUUUGGAUCUAAGCUUCUUUAGUUUUUCAAGCUUGGCUACCAACCAAACCAUGCUUUAUUACUUUUAACAUGAUUUGGGAUUCUUUCUCCCAUUUUUAAUCCCAACCCAGAAACUUAUACAUAAAAAAUGCCUCAUUUCCAUUGGGUGAUUAACUUAUACAAUUUAUACAUGCUGAGAAAAGACGAGUGUUGUACUUUGAGAAAUGAGUGGUUUCUUAUUUUUUUGAUUUUAUGCUUGAAUCCAUGGUGUAUUGCCAAUAUGAAUCUUCCAGGCAUGUCAGUUAUCUGAGUUUUGGUUAAGGA